UUUAUUUCCGCAUGUGGGUGGAGACUUUUGCUGUUGCGUUUGGGGAAGUUGCUCAAUGUUGGAAAAACCAUGAAAACAGUUUUUUUUGUUUGUUUGUUUUUUACUUUUUCUUUAAACUGAUGUCCGAUUGUUAUCGGUGCCGUCAGAUUUCUUUGCUGUAAUGUCCCUAUAACAGUCCGGUUUUAUCAGCUUUUCCUCGAAUAAUGAAUGAUUCAGUGUCCUCCGCUACUUACGUCCGCAAUCUGAGUUACAGUUUACUGCGCAAAUUGUCAGAUUUUUUGGACCCUCAAGAUAUGUGGAAAGACGUUACUGUGUCCAUACGGAAGCCCAGCGGAGAGUUUCGGUACUCUCAGCACCAUGUCAGGAGAUUUGAAGGUGUUGCUGCACAGGGGAAAAGUCCCACCGUGGAGCUGCUUAAGGACUGGGGGACGACCAACUGCACCGUGGGUGACCUGGUGGAUAUUUUGAAGAGCCACAAGCUCCUGGCUGCUGCCAAUCUCCUCUUACCUGGUAGUGAUGAAGAGCUUAUCUCGAUGCAUCAGAUGUGUCCAGCAGUCACAUCAUACAGCGCACUUCCAACCAUACGACUGGAAGAGGCAGACAGACAGUCAACACCUGCCACCUGUAUUCUGCAGACUGACUCAGGUCACACAGGCUUUUCUAGUUUCUUGUACCAUGAGCUGGUGGCGAUUACGGGCAACUUUGACGACCGUCCGAUGUCAGCCGGCGGCAGUCGACUCGGGGAGGGAGGUUUUGGCACUGUGUACAAAGGCCUUCUAAAUGACAAACCUGUUGCAGUGAAAAAACUUAAUCCAAUGGACGGCAUUUCAUUGGAUGAGCUUCGACUUCAGUUCAACCAGGAGAUCCAGAUUCUGCAGGUGUUGAAACAUGAGAACCUGGUUGACAUGAUUGGAUUUUCCUCAGAUGGACUGCACCCAUGUUUGGUUUAUGCCUUCAUGGCCAAUGGGUCUUUGCUGGACCGACUAGCUUGCUUGGAAGACAGUCCUCCUCUGUCAUGGAAACAGAGAUGUUUGAUAGCUGAGGGGACGGCGAGCGGUUUGGAUUAUCUGCACAGCAACCAUCAUGUUCACAGAGAUGUUAAAAGUGCAAAUGUCCUGUUGGAUGAAAAGUUUGUGGCAAAGAUCUCUGACUUUGGUUUGACAAGAGCAUCAGCAAAGAAGUCGUCUGCCACCAUGAUGACUGAGUGCAUAGUAGGCACUCGUGCGUACAUGGCACCUGAGGCUCUAAGAGGCGAGAUCACACCAAAGUCUGAUGUCUUCAGCUUUGGGGUGGUAUUGUUAGAAAUAUUGUCUGGACUGGCACCAGCAGAUGAAAACCGUGAGCCACAGCUCCUGAUGGACAUGAUCGACCAAGACGAUGAAGAUGAGCUGACUCUGGAGAGCUUUCUAGACAAAAAAAUGAAGGACUGGGAGCUGAGCCAGGCAGACAGUGUGUACGUGUUGGCCUGUAACUGUCUCCUAGACAGGAAAAACAGACGUCCAGUAAUCAGACAGGUCCUGUUGGAACUCAGAGGAGUCGUCAAAAGCAUAUCUGUGGAUUUUUAGGCACAAGAAUUGAGCAGUGGUUUCCCGAGGUGACUGUCGCAGCGCAACUAAGCAAAUCGGCUCAAACGUUUUAAAGAAGUGGGGUUUUUUUUGUUUCUUUUUAGUGGGGCUAAUAGCUGGCUGUUUUACAUCGUGUAUUUUGCUCAACACUGGACUGUCUGUAUUUUAAGUAUUUACUGUAUAUAUUUAGAAGUGUGUGCCAAAGCUGCCGCUACUGUUCAGUUGUUACUUGCAUAUUGUAAUUUUACUGUUGAGAAACAUUUGUUCCACGACUCCUCUGUUCUUUUGCUGACUUCCUCCAAAUUUGAUAUGUGGAUGGCAGUAUUCCGUAGAAUUUCCCUUAAAGGAUUUAUUUGGCAAGCAUUAUUUUUCACCCCAAUGUGCACCAAACUUGGCACACACAUGUAGCUAGGUUCUGUCCAGUAAGGUCAAAGCCCACAAGGUCACAUGACCUUGAGAUCAAGAUCUUGUCUGUUUGUAGGCCAACACCUGCCAGGUACAUUUUUUUGAUUUCUACCAACAUUGGUAUUAUCAAUGAACGUCAAACCUGAAAUUGUCAAAUUGAAAAUUUGGAAAUGUUCAAGGAAUUUUUUUUUUCUCCCCCAAUUCCAGAAUUGCCCUGGCAGGGUCAGUCAUUUGGGAGGUUAUGGUAAUGGAGGUCAAAUAUCAGACUGCCAUAACAGUUACUGUCUUCAUGGUAGCAGUGACACGUGGGUCCAUUCACAAGCAAACCGAACUGUUUUGACAUGAUUCCCAACCCGCAAAACAGCAUUGCAUUAGUGCACAGAAUGUUACAAUUGCUGUAAUCUUCAUGAACAACCUCUCCAAGUACUUCCCACACAUUUUUAUUUCAGGUGUGCUUUUAUUAUAAAUUCUCCCAGUCUCCAUGUCCUCUCCAAUCAAACAGGUAUCCGUGGCAAGCACACACAUCUUUUUGCGAUUGGAGUUAUUCAACCAAUGAUGUUUCACAAGACAAUUACUUCUUGAACACUAAAAUUAGUCUUUAGGUAGUAUUUGCCUAAUAUGCUUAAAAUUUACAGCAUUUUCCCAAACCUGCCCACAAAUGAUCCGAAUAUCAUUGAAUAUUUGAUUUGUGAUCAUGGGCACAUCCUAAUUUCAGAUCACCCGUAGGAUCACCGACAGGCACCUGGCAGGUUAAAUGGGUUGAACAAGCGAUUGAGUUCUAGCAGACAACUCCAGCGGUCUUACUCUAGAUUCAUGUAUGUCUCACUCGUCUCAUAAGCUACCAAACGCUUCCUGGCAGGGCUAUAUUUUCCCUGUGAA